CGCUCCCUGGCCCUGGCCCGACCCCCCAUUCCUCAGCAGCCGCGCCCAGUUCUUUCACAACACGCUUGCAGACAUGCGACGUGCUCGCUCUCUCGUCGCUGUGCCCGUCGACCACCGCAGCGACCACACCGGCGCGAACAGCGUGCGAGGCCGCGGCCGGCAGCACUUGCCAUAUCGGUGAGCGAACGUGUAUGACAUAAGCGGUCUGGUAGCCUGCUGUCGCGCCGUGCGCGCGCAGCCACCCUCCACCGUCCGCGAGCAUAUCCUACGAUCUCUGUUCACCGCGCAACAUGAUCCUCCUCGAGCCACAGAACUACAUCAUCCAGACCACGCUCGCGGAGAAGGCCAUCAAGCCGGGCUAUGUCGAUGUCCAGUUUGUAGACUUUGAUAGCGUUCGGUUCAAGCUCUCUACCCCGGACAAGAAGUCCGUCACCAAUGUCCUCUUGUCCAUGAACAUCCGCUGCUGGGAUGAACUCGUCAAGUAUGGCGUCCACGAUGUGCUGAAGCGAGAGUAUGGCGGACUCGUGGCCGCACAGCCAGAGCCCGACUACAACGUGAGCCUCGAGAUCGACCUCGAGCAGCUGCCUCCGGAAGGUGAGCAACGCGACGCGCACCUCAAGUCCAUCGCCCUCCUCAAGCGCAACGCCCUUGCCGCACCAUUUGAGCUCGGGUUCAAGGCCCAGAAGCAAUUGGAGUCGUCAGGGAGUGGCCAAGGAGACCUCAUGGCUCUGCACUACCGAGACGAGGAUGUCAUCUAUGUCCAAGCCUCGCCUGAUCGUGUGACCGUCAUCUUCUCCACCACCUUCCGGGAAGAGACUGAUCGCAUCGUCGGCAAGGUCUUCCUGCAGGAAUUUGUUGACGCGCGACGGCUACCGACAAUCCAGAGCGCACCGCAAGUCCUCUAUACCACCCGUGAUCCCCCGCUAGAGAUCCGCCAUGUCCCGGGCCUCGUCGACUCCGAGGACGUGGGCUAUGUCACAUUUGUUCUCUUUCCCCGCCACUUCGCAAAUCAGGAGGUCGCUUCUGCGACGAUCAGUCACAUCCAGCUCUUCCGUGAUUAUCUGCACUAUCACAUCAAGUGCUCCAAGGCGUACUUGCACUCGCGUAUGCGGCACCGCGUGAGCGAGUUCCAGAAGGUGCUCAACCGCGCAAAGACAGAGGUUGCGGUUGUCGACCGAAAGACAGCGACCGGGAGGUCCAUGAUCCGGUAAUGAGGACUUACCCCGGGGUGGGCAAUCGAUAGGCCAGGGUUGUCGAGGAUGAACGGAUCAAGUAAACGUACGAAAGGAGGUAUCUGUAUGAUUAGACUUCGCGAAAAGACCCAACAGAUCCUGGUCGUUUGAAUCGUUUCAUGAUGUGCUUUCGGUGUCCGCUGGGAACGACGCUUGCCGGGUAUUAUGGUCUAUUAUGAUCUGCAACGGAGACUAGCUGGGAACGGGCUGCUGGCGGUGCACACUCGAUAUUGACUGGUCUGUGUUCACGAUCGAAUCUAGAUGGUCAGACGAUGGUUCGAU